AUGGCGCGCGUCGGCGCCGUCCUGUGCCUCGUCGCCCUCGCCUCGUGCGCGUCCAUCGACUACCACCACUGCAGCGGCCACGGGCGGACGACGAGCGACGACGCCUUCGUCUGCACCUGCAUGAGCGGGUACACGGGCCCGGACUGCAGCAUGAAGGCCUGCCCCCACGGCGUCGCCUGGGCGGACUACCCGACGGCGACGGACGAGGCCCACGCGGGCGACGUCGAGUGCAGCGGCAUGGGCUACUGCGACCACGGCUCGGGCGAGUGCGACUGCCGCGACGGCUUCGAGGGCCCCGCGUGCGAGCGCCUCGCGUGCCCGACGGACGACGGCGGGACGCCCUGCAGCGGCCACGGCCGCUGCGUGACGACGGGCGGCGCGGCCCGAGGGUGGGACGGGCGCACGCUCGUGCGGCCGAACGUGUCCUACGAUCUGUGGGACGCCGAGAAGAUGAUGGGCUGCCUCUGCGACGCGGGCUACGGCGGCUUCAACUGCUCGCGCGUCGAGUGCCCGCGGGGCGACAUCCCGGAGACCCUGGGGCAGCAGAACGAGGAGAGCGCCGAGUGCGGCAACCGCGGCGUCUGCGACUACACCACGGGCCACUGCCAGUGCCUCGCGGGCUACGUGGGCAGCGACGGCGCCGGCAACGUGGGCACGCGCCGCGACUGCGGCCGCCUCGACCCCCAGGGGUUCACGCUCAACCUGUAUAAGUAG